UCUCCAAUUGUUUGGGGGCAAUCCCUAUUGCGCACAUAGUUGAACGUCGUAGUUAAGUUCCCUCGUUUGCAUUUGGUGGCGUUUAGACUGAACUGCAGCGAAGGAAACAUAAUCAAUAGUAUAGAAAACCUCAUCAGUCUCAUUUCAAAUCCACACAGUCAAAUCUUCCAUUUUAUUUCACCAUUUUAAUAAUUUGGGUUUGCGCCGGUGUAUUGGGCACGAGCUACCAUGGACAAUGCUUUUGACAACCUGGAUGCUGUAGGCUUCCUACAAAUUUGGCAACAUUUCGAUGUUGACGAUAAUGGUUAUAUUGAAGGAAAGGAAUUGGACGACUUUUUUCGACACAUGAUGAAAAAACUUGGGAUGAGCGAUGAAAUAACAGAUGACAAAAUUAGACGAGUGAAAGAAAGGUUCAUGUCAGCUUAUGACACCACAGCGGAUGGUCGCCUGCAAAUCCAAGAGUUGGCCACCAUGAUGCUACCGGAGGAGGAGAACUUCCUCCUACUGUUCCGCAGAGAGACGCCAUUGGACAACAGUGUGGAGUUCAUGAGGAUCUGGAGAAACUAUGAUGCGGACAGCAGUGGAUACAUAUCAGCUAUAGAGCUCAAGGGUUUCCUGCAGGACCUGUUUCUCCAGCACAAGAAGACCAUCUCACCCAACAAACUGGAGGAGUACACCGACACCUUGAUGAAGAUGUUUGACAAAAACAAUGAUGGCAGGCUGGAUUUGAAUGACCUAGCCAGAAUCCUUGCUCUGAAAGAGAACUUCUUGCUGAAGUUUGACAUGAAUGCUUGCAGUCAAGAAGACCGGAAGAGGGACUUUGAGAAGAUAUUUGCCCACUAUGAUGUUAGUAAGACGGGUGCUUUGGAGGGUCCGGAGGUGGAUGGCUUUGUCAAAGACAUGAUGGAACUGGUCACGCCUACCAUUAGUGGAACGGACCUGGACAAAUUCCGCAAGGUCCUGCUGGGCCACUGUGACAUGAACGGUGAUGGAAAGAUCCAGAAGAAUGAACUGGCCCUGUGCCUCGGCCUGAAAUACUCCAGUUAAUAUUACUAAUUACCCAAGUUAGCACCACAGGCUAACUGCUAACUCAUUGAUAGCAUGCCGCAAUGCAAUAGCUCAUAGCUUUUAGACAACCAAAGAGCAUUGCAUGAUGGUUGGUUGAAAGGACGUUGUUGCAUAGAGUAGACCCAUUGGGGAAUUUUUGUGAUCCUUCAUUUUGUUUGACUAUCUGUUGAUGACAAUUCUGAGUACCUUUGAGAAUGUUGUGUGUGUGUGUACUAUUUUGUUUGCAUGUUGCAUACGCCUGCCUAUAACUUGCAAAAAUAUAGUGGUGAAAUAAGUAUUUUGGGAUAUUUGUGGGUUGUAUUGAUUUAAUUACCAUGAUGGCUGCAUUUACUUGUCAGAACUGUGUUUUUUUUAUGUGCAAAUAAUAUGGUGAAAAUAAGUGCCAUUAAUGGUUUGACAUCUCACCUACUUUAAAUGGUAUUUGUAGAGAAUGUACUAUUAACAUGUAAUACAAUGUAACAUGUAAUGCAAUACAGUAUGACAAUCUGUGUCCCUGGG